GCGGAAUUGGGUGUCGCUGGCUUGCCCCCUGUGGGAUGCGGUCGAGAUAUGAUUGGCUGCUUCUAUCUAAUCAAGUUGAAUGAAUCACCGCGUGUCAUUCAUGGUUCAUAUCAAUUCCCGUAUGAGGUUUGAGACAGGAGGGGGGAGGGUCAAGAGAUGCCCGGUAGCAUCCAAUCCAAUGCCGUCGAUCAAUUAAACCACCAUCUCCAUCCUUUCUGUCCUUUCUCCAUUGCCGGAGCCAUUUCUCCUUCCUCCUUUCAUCUCAAGACCUAGAACCUAGAGAUUCCUUCUUCUCCCUAUCAGACCUAGAGUCUUUGUCUCAAGACAGCGUCAAGAGUUUCAAUCACUCUCAUCUCUUAACCUUAUCCUUAUCGUACUCUAUCAUCAGCGACCACCCCGCGAGUCUUAUCAUCAUGGCUAUCUACAGCUCCGUCCCGCCACCCGAACAACAGUCGGCCUCAAAUACUCCUACUCCCGCGGCGACAAAUCCUUCGCUGGCGGCUGUGCAGCUACAUUCGCCUCCUACGCCAGUUAAGAAUGGGAGCAUUGAUAUCGAUGCUUGGACUGUUUCGGCUCUUCAAUCUCUCAGCGUUUCCCCCAUCGCCCGUGGAACUGGCACUCCUCUUGCAAUUCCUCUAGAUGAAGCUGUCAAAGCCAAGUCCAAUUCUCCCGAGCGCAACGUCAAUUUUGACGAAGAUGAGGCCCCGAUAUCGACCCUAAGACGACCACCUUCUAGGAGAGAUAGCCAGCGAAAGCGGGAAUUGGUUCUGAAGGGCAAGGAGGGCAGUCGCCAGCGACGUCGCUGGGAGAAUGACCGCUUGAUAGGCGUUCCGAACGCUCAACCGCCUCUGCCUUCCGAUUACGAAGUCCAACCUACUCAUCCGAUCCACCGAGUGCCUUACCAGCUUGCUCAAUUCUGGGACCGCGGCGUGCGCAAGCAGGUUGAGGAUAAGACGGCCCGUCUGCUUGCCGAGCGCAAGAAGCAGCAACUCAAGGCAGGCAGUGCCACGGGUCUCGGAGCUGGUGAGGUUCCUCGUGAUCUGCGCGAAGCUACCAAGCGCAGUCCCGUUGUGCGCACCUGGGUGCGAUCCCUGGAAGAGCCUGUGCGACAAUAUCUCGCUACUCAGCAGGCUAUGGCCGCAACGUCAGCUGUCACUGCUGAUGAAGAUGAUGAUAGUGCAGCUGAGCAGAUGGAUUCGGACGAUGAAGAGAUUGUGUUCGUCGGUAGGAACGGCGCCAUGAGGGAGCUUAGAGAGAAGAAGGCAACAUGGAAGCAUGCGCAUCGUGAAGUGUCACAGGAGACGGUCGACUCAGGCAUGCUGUUUGACUCGUUCGGCACCGAUGAAAGCGCCGCCUUCAAGCGCUGGCUCACACAUACCAUCUCUGACUACUACGGCAUCCAAUCUCGCUCCGUCAAUCUUUCGAAUCCCACGCGCCGAGUCGUCUAUGUUGGUCUAAAGACGUCACAGGGCGCCUUGCCUUUACGAACGCUACCGCGGCCAAUGUGGGAAGUCUGUUGAACGACUUUGAACAUUUAAGGGUACCUGACCCAACUUGAAUAGUGUUUGAGAUGCAUGAUUAGACGUACAAGCGUAGACGGUAAGCAUGGGUAUGUGUAUAGGGCAAUAGAAGCGAUCUCACUGAGCUCGGUGGGCAUAAGUCUGUUGUGCUGCGAUGUGAUAUUGCUUGAAGGUGCUCAUUGUGAUCUGUAACACGUCGUUACCUGCAUACUCGAGUGCAUCUCUGGUUGCCCGGUCAUAGAUCGACAAAUCGGGGGCUCCUGAUCUUAAUAGGUAGGUCUAAAUGUAGGUAACCCAUAGAGUACAGAAACAUUGUGCCCCAGUUACUCCGUACAUUUUCUGCGGUAGCCGACUUACACCCACUCUCGGUCCAAGAUUCUCGAAACAUUGUUUAGUAUUCUCCUGCCUCCCAUGAUUUGACCAUAUUUGGAAACUCUUUCUUCUGCCCUCAUACUCAAAAAGCUCGCAAGUCCGCCUUGACCGUAUUCAGAUACUAGCAGACCUGCUAUUAUUUGCGCUGCGCUGAUAUUGAGACCAGCACGGCGCAGGAAUAACUCCCAUACACCAUCACGAAAGUCAAGGAAAUGCCCAAAUUGAUGAGCUGAUGAAGAAUAGCGGGACAUGAUUGACAAAGCCCAUUUAGAAAGGGUUUCAUCGCAGCCAGAAACUAGAUGUGUUGAUAUGCCUGCUCGAAGACUCGUCGUGAAACGUACGAAAUCGGCAUACCCAGAGAUAUCAGAGGGUGUUGGUGACCCGACGUAUUCUCCUAGUGGAUUCGAUUCUGAUACCAAUAUAAAUAAAG